ACCACAUUGGCCUUUCCCGAUACCGGCUAGUGCAACGACACCCAACCAAUCACAUCCCGCUGUCUAAAUGACAAAGUACCAUGAUGACGUUGUGGCCUUGGUUCCUUAGGCCUCAGCCUGUCUCUUCCAUGUUUCUAAGUUGUUUCCCCAAUUUCGCAUUCCCCAGCAGGCCCGGUGGUCCUGUCCUCUGACCAGCAAUCAAUCGUCUCUCACCAAAAAUUUCGGUUUUCCUUUUCCACUGGCGACCUGUUGAGAUCUGGCCCCCCAAAAAAGAAUUAAUCAUAUUCCUGUGCAGCCUCCCUUGAAUUCUUGAGCCAUGUGCUAGUGAGAGAGAUGAAGAAACAAGCCAUGAGAUGUUAGAGCUCUCGGAAUAUAGCACACCAGGCUGCAACCCCUCCCCCGAGGUCGCUAUGGCACAGGAGCGUGAAUUCUACAAAUAUUUCCAGCUGCCUCAGCGUCCGGGUCUCCUCCAUCGGCCACCACCAUCUCCUCGGAGCGAAAUCGAUGCGGAACUGCUACCACAAUCAUCACAAGACACCACUUUGACGGCGCUGGCGCAGCUCGGAGCUUUGCGAUUGAAUGCCCGACGAUGCAUGAUCUCCCUCUUCGAUCGUCAUACGCAAUAUAUCCUCGCUGAAUCAACUCGCACAUUAAGUCUCCAAGAUGACAGGGUCCAUGUCGACGGUGAUGGCCUGUGGCUGGGCAGCAGUGUCAUUCCCAAACCAGAUGGGAUCUGUCACUAUUGCUGCGAGGAGGAUCAGCUCAACGCCGGGCCAAAGGGUCCGAAUGGAGCAUAUUCCGCAUUGGUCAUCCCCGACUUGACCAAGGACGACCGGUGCAGCAAGCGACAGUAUGUGGUGAACGCCCCGCAUCUGAGAUUCUAUGCUGGAGUGCCUCUUAUGAGCCGUCGGGGCAUUGCCAUCGGCGCAUUCGCAGUGAGUGACGGUCAGCCUCGUGCAGGGUUAGAUCCGCUGGAGAUUCGGUUUAUGACGGACACCGCGGCCGCCGUCAUGAAUCAUCUGGAAAUGAUGCGCUCUCAUGAACAGAAUCGCCGCGGGGCCAAUAUGAUCGCAGGAUUGGGAAGCUUUGUCGAGGGAGCGACGUUCCCGUCAAGCAGUCUCCGAAGACCAGUACACACUCACGAUGAGGAUGAGGAACAGGAGCCAGAGAAGCCGCAGAACAUCAUCCCACAGACGCGACGGCAUCACCAAACACGAUCUCAUGAAGGACAGGAGUCUGAGAAGCGACCUCGAGUCUCCUCCACGCCCAAUCGCCACCGUCAACCGGAGAUCACCCUGGCGUCGGGUACCAGAGAGAUCAUUUCACGCGCGGCUCGUGUUCUGCGCGACUCUUUAGAGGUGGAGGGCGUUGUUUUCUUCGACGCGAGUGUCAACUCUUACGCGACUUUGGUCCGGAACUCGGACGGUCGCCAGUCGGACAUGGAGAGCAGUAGCAGCACAGGUGACGCCAAUUCCAGCAGUGACAGUGACAAUCCGACUACCGGACACUCGUCAACCGAGACGGACGAUUCGGCCAUGUGUGAAGUGUUGGGAUACUCCACGGCGCAAGAUGAUUCCGAGAAAUUGACCGCGCCAAUGCGAGAAUCGUUUCUUCGAUCCCUCCUCCGCCAUUAUCCCCGCGGUGCUGUCUUCAAUAUUGAUGAGAACGGUGGGGUGUCGUCUAGUGAGGGAAGCGACAGUGCCUCCGCAAGCUACGUCUCUCGAGAGAUCGUUUAUCGUCGUAACGAGGGCUCCAAGGUUCAGCGACACUGGAAACAGAGAAAACGGGAGCGAUUGAGUCUCAAGGAAGAAAACAAGACCCUGAUCAAAGUGUUCCCUGCUGCCCGCAGUGUGACCAUGUUCCCUCUCUGGGACUCACGCCGAAAUCGCUGGUUUUCAGGGCUCUUUGUGUGGACGGCUGCGCCGCGCGUCUUCAGUCUGACUGGCGAGUUGGCUUAUCUCUACGCCUUUUCCAACAGCAUCAUGGCGGAGAUCCAUCGGCUGGAUAUCGAGUUGGCGAACAAGGCGCACGCCACUCUCGUUGGAAGCAUUUCUCAUGAAUUGCGCAGCCCCCUGCAUGGCAUUCUCGGCAGUACGGAAUUACUGACCGAUUCCACGAUGACACCCGCUCAGGUUGCUCUGGUCACUACCAUCGAGCACUGCGGUCGGUCGCUGCUGGACAUCAUCAACAAUAUGCUGGACUUUGCGAAGAUCAACCAGUUCGCUCGCAAAUCCCGAUCGUCCCGGUUCAAAUCGGCGCACGCCCUUCGUCGGCGGCCGGGGUUGCCUGCACGAUUCGCUUCCAACGAUAAGCCCGGCUUGGGGGUUGUCAAUCUGAUCUCAGAUGUUCAGCUGGAUGCCGUGCUGGAAGAAGUUGUGGACAGUGUCUUUGCUGGGGGGCUCGUUGCCCGACCAGCUCCCCAGGUUCCUGCCCGGGAUAGCGCCGGAGAUUUACUUAUGAAAGGUGCUACAGAGCGACCGCUUUCCGCUUUUAAUGAAGCACUCACCAUCAUUUACGAUGUUGAGCCCGGUGUGCAAUGGCUCUUUGAAACACAGGCCGGUGCAUGGCGUCGGAUCCUCAUGAACCUCUUCGGGAACGCCCUCAAGUACACACAGUCGGGUUACAUCUCUGUGACGUUGAGGUGCAGCUCGACACCGUCCAACCCUAAGAUGAAACGAUUGGCUCGUGGAGAUGGGACACGGGAGGGCAUGGGCAGUGUAACUUUGACCGUCAAAGACACCGGGCAAGGCAUCGACAAGCAAUAUUUACAGAGCAAUGUAUUCAAGCCGUUCUCGCAGGAAGACCCUCUCUCUCCGGGGAGUGGCUUGGGCCUCAGCAUUGUCCAUCAGACUGUGGUAUCACUUGGUGGGAAAGUCGACAUAACCUCCACAAAGGGUAUCGGGACUGAGGUGACGGUCACGAUGGAUCUACCGCGCACUCCUCAGGCAGAGGUGUCGGAUAACGAACGCGACACCAGCAUUAUCCGCAAAGCAAAAGACCGAGUACGUGGCAAGUCGAUUGGGCUGAUCGGAUUUGGAUCGUCGUCCUCCCAACAAGAGGAUGAGGCACUGAUUCUCUUGCGCUCGUCCCUCCUUCGAAUGUACAAGGAGCAUUUCGGGAUGGAAGUCGGCAUCGUCUCGUCGAACGUGUCGGAUCAGCAGGUGUACGACCUAUAUUUGGUCCGACAGGCAAACCUGGACGAAGUGGAUCAGAUUUGUCGGCAGGUCACAAUGGCCGAGAGUGACUCGAGCAGCCCGCCGAUGAUCGUCGUUUGCUCAACGCCUCAGAUGGUGCAAAAGCUAUCAACCUCUGCGAGUCAGCGACCGUCGCCGUCGAUCUACGAGUUUAUCAGUCAGCCAUGUGGACCGUCCAAGAUGGCCAAUUCACUUCUGGCUUGCCUCAAGCGCCAAAGGGAACGGCCGUCUUGUAUGACGGCUGGCGGGCUUGACACUGCGUUUCUCACCGCGGCUCAAGCGAGCAAACCUAGGCGGCACAGUGAGAAUGUGUCGCGGGUCGACUUCUCCUUGACGCCGGCGAAGGCCAUAGUUUCAGUGACUACCACUAAAGUUGAUGAUUCGGCUAUGGAAGUAUCAACGAUAGAGGCAACCAAAAGAGUUCCCUCCGUCCUUUUGGUGGACGACAAUGACGUGAAUCUGAAGCUGUUGGUCGCUUUUAUGAAGAAGGCCCAGUUUCCUUACCAUACGGCUUCCAAUGGGCUCGAGGCUCUGGAAGUAUACAAGACGAAUGUCGGGUACAUCCCAGUUGUUCUCAUGGGUGGGUGGUCCUAUUCACUACCAGGUCUAUCGGUUCUUCCAACUAACCAAUUAGACAUCUCCAUGCCGGUCAUGGACGGUCUCGAGGCGACGCGGGAAAUCCGCCUGUUCGAGAAGAUGCACCGCGAAGGAAGCACCAGUGCUGGUCAUUCGUGCUCCAAGCCCACCACAGUCAUUGCGCUGUCGGGAUUGGGCAGCGCCCCGGUGCGGCAGGAGGCCUUUAAUUCCGGCAUUGAUCUCUUUCUGUCCAAGCCAAUCCGCUUUCAGGAAUUAGUCAAGCAGAUUGACGGGCUCAUGCAUUGACUUUGGGUUCAUGUCAGUACAGCAUUUCAGGCUAUCUUAGCAAGGUCACUCACGCACUAGGAUGACGGAGUUGGGCGUUUGUCUUAUAGGCAGGGACGAGACACUAGUAAAGGCAUCUAGCAGGCACGUAGUUCCUUGUCAUCUUUGGUAAAGUUAGCAUCAUCCUUGGGCUCUAGGUAAACAGGAACCAGGAUUUAUAAUCA